AUGGAGGAGAAGGUGGACGGCCUGCGCGGUUACGUGGCGGACCUGGAGAGGCGCCUCGACCUCGCGGACUCGCGGCAGCGGCGCACCGGGGCCCUCGAGGCGGCGUCCGCCGGCGAGGGGCAAGGCGAGCUGGUCGCCCAGCUGCGCUCGCAGCAGGCGUGGGCCUUGGAGACGUUGGUCCGCUGCGAGGCCAAUUGGGCCGAGAUGUGGUUGCAGCUGCGCUGCUUCUCCCGGUGGCGCUUCGUAUGCGAGAGGUCCGCCCGGCUCCAAGAGCACAAGGCGGCGACGCUCGCCUUCGGGCACCUGUCGCUGCUGCUCUGCAGGUGCUUCUUUGCGCUCCGCCUCUUCGCGGAGCGCCUGCGGCUCUCCGCGGGCCUGGCGGGCGCCCGCGGCCAGCGCCCGCCGCUGUGGCUCGGGGCGCGCUGCUUCCAGGACUUCACCGACACGGAUUUUUCAAGUCAUGGAGAUGGCGACCUCGACCCCGACCUUAACGAGCCAAAGCCUGACGGGGAUGACGAUGAGGCGUCCGAUUGCACGAUCGCCUCCAACGUCCAGUGCGACAUUGAAAACCUUGGCACCGGCAAGGAACCUGACAAGGAGACUGACAUCGCGACGCAAACGGACCUCAAGCUCCACCACUCCGUUGCUGACGGCACCAAGAUGGAUAGGGACGAUGUGGCGGCGUACGAGCUUGACUACUUCGGGGAGGCGGACCCUUACAGUUGCGUGGCCAGCAGCUCGGAGCAGAGCGCAGUGGACUUGGAUGUCUUCCCCACCGCCACGGGCCUGGGCGGUUCGGAGCAGAGUGCCACGGACGUGGCCAUCCUCACGACCCUCACGGACCAGCACAAUUCGGUGCAGCUCGACGAGCAAGUGGUCCCGCCCGUCGUGCUGCCCGGCGAGCCGACCGAGCCAGGGGUGCAGCCCGACGGGCACGGCCGGGGCUUCGACAGCCAGGGUUCCGAGACCGGGGACGCCGACGAGGACGUGAAGUCAGGAGGCCUCGAGCUGCAGUGGGAGUACAUGGACGCGCGCGGCGCGACCCAGGGUCUGUUCUCCCAGGAGCAGAUGAGAGAGUUGUUCGAGGCGCGCGCGUUCCCCGAGGACCUGCCGAUGAGGACGAAUCCCGACACGCCGUUCAUGACGUCCGGGCUGCUCUUUCCUUCAUCGCUGCUGACCAAGGGCAGCGAGAAGAUGGUGGAGCUGGCGCGGGCCAUGGGGGUUCCAGACUUCGCGAAGGCCGCGGUCCUCCUGAAAGGUCUGGCGAAGGAGGCGGCGUGCGUCUCGCUGUGGGGGCGGUGGCGGCUCGCCGCCCACAGUGACCGGCCGCGGGGGCUCUGCAGCUGCAGCGCCACCAUGCCUUGCGUGGCUGCGGUCCGCCUGCUGCGCUUGCGGUAUAGGGAGCAGUUCUGCGGGCCCAGCCGGGGCGCUCCGGCUGCGAUGCGAUUCCGCGGCGACCCGGGCGCGAUGCGGUCCGCUCCGCCGCUUCCGAUCCGCCCCGACGCUGCGCGGCUCGAUCCAGUCCAGGCGUGGCUGGGCCUCACGGACCCCGAGCGCUGCUUCGGGAGUCUGGCCGGCCCGCUGCGCGCGGGCGGAGCCGCCGCAGGCGAGGCCCGCGGCGCGGAGGCGCUCCACCACGCUGCCCAGCGGGUGGCCACGCAGGCGGGCCGCGGGUUGGUGCGAUACCGCAUGUUGUCGGGGUGGUGUUUCUACAGGCCGCUCCUGCCAGCAGGUGAGUCUUGA